CAUAUUGAAAACAUCUACCACUCUGCCGUCAUCAGCCUCUUUGCCAGCUCUUCAAAAAACUCGAUCAACUUUUGAACAAAAAUGUAUAAGUACAAUUAAACUGUAUGACUGUGAUGUCAUGCAGAUCAUGAAUUUUCUGUGUAUUCAAUGAAGUCACAAAAGUUCUACUUUAUACAAGACAUCAUAUAUAGUUUUCACAUGUGAACUGGCACUUCACCUGCACAAUGAAUAAUCAUUAAGAUCUUUCUAACAUCUUGAAUGGAGACAAUGGAGAAAAAUAGAAAUUCUACACAGAGUACGAAGUUGCUUAACCCAGGAGCUCGCACCCAACUGAAAGAGGCACCUGAAGGGCCAUUUCCACAGGAAGGAGAGGAUUUUCACUUAAAUUUAUAUGACUCAUUGGAGUCUGAUUCUGACAGCUUAAUUCAAGAGAGGCAAUAUCAACUGGAACUGCAGAAUCGCAUUCAGGACAAUGAAGACAUGGUAACUUUAGAAGACACUGAAUUUGAUACAGAUAAUGGGGAGGAGGAUGGAUGGAAUCUCUAUGACAGUCUGGAGGAUGCGGAAGAUGAGCAUUAUGAAGAAAAGAUUGAACCGGAGCACAAAGACAAUAGCAAUAUAAGACAUCAAGCCACUGACAGAUACGCCAACUUGCGAUAUAAUCCUAAUUGGAGAAAUACCAGAGUAGGAGCAAAGAUUCUUAUGUCCAGACAGAACUACAACUCAACUCUUCAUGAUUCACUGGAGAACUUGCUUCAAGAGUCAAAUAAGCUAUUGGAGGAAAAUGAAGGAAAAUACAGUGAACACCAAGACAAACUGGAACAAAAAAGGCAAACAAAUAAAGCUUGUGCAGUUGGAUUUAGUUUGAGAGAUGAUGAUAAUGUAGAGAAACAACCUAAAAGGAAAAGACCAUGUUCACCUUAUAUUAAAUGUGAAGCUAGCAUACAAGAAGAACAUGAAUCACUUGAUUCUUCUGAAUAUUGUGAUUUGCAAAACCAUAGCAAAACUAGAACAGACAAAAUCACAGCAGAAGUUUCCCAGGAAAGCCAUGAGGAUCAUCAAUCUAAUGAUGAAGAUAAUUGUGAAAUGUUUUGUGAUUCUGAAUGUGAACACCUGGAUUCACUGGAACAGAAAAGACAAACAGAUAACUCUCAAGGAGUUAAAUUUAGUUUAAGAGAAGGUAAUAAUGUACAAAAGCAAUCUGAAAGGAAACGUUUGCCUUCUUAUCCCAACAGUGAACACAGCACCCAAGAUUGUGAACCACUCAAUUCUCCUAGAUUUUAUACUGAUACAAUUAAGAGUGAUUUGCAAAACUAUAAGAAAACUGAAAAAGGGAAAUUCUCAAAUAAAGAUACCAAAGAUAAACAUGAGAAAAAUGAAGAUCACAAUGAAGAAGUUGACUAUGAAAGUUUGAAUGACCAUUAUCAGAAAGAAUACCAGCAAUUCUUGGAGUGUGAGUCAACCUGUAGUGAUGUGAGCAUAAAGAGGGUAAAACAGCCCAAGAACCCUGUGAUCUCUCAUGACAGGAAACUGCAAACAAAAGUAAGAUUGCAGGAUGAUAUUGUGGAACGGAAUAAACAGACCCUGGGAAGACACAAAAUGAACUCAUAUCAAUUGUUGUACAGUGAAAAGAAGGAGGUUAAAGGUACGCAGCAGUUAUCUUCUGCUAAAAGUUCCAAACUCAUGAAUACUGAUCAGUCUAUCCAACAUGUUGUGGAUGGUGAGGAGAGCAGUACCAUUGAAAUGAAGUGGAAGCAAAAGGCACAGAAGUUGCAGAACCAGAAAGCAAAGCAACUAUCUGCUCGGAAAAAAGGAUUGACCAGUGUAGUGAAAGAGAGAUCCUCAAGACCUCCCAAUCAACCUUCCAGUAAACAGCAGAUGCAGAAAUCCCAGGUUUUUGAGGACCAACCACAUCAGUUUGAAAGCAUAGUCCAUCCGAAUAAAAAUGCAUCUGAGUUGCUAAUAAUUCACAAAGAUGACAACAAUGUCUUGUUGACUCCUAGCAGUGACCAAACAUUUACUUCAUCGUCUGUCAAUCAAAUUGGCCCGGCCUUUGUUCCGAAUUCUCAUCCAACAGUGAAUCUGAAUAUCAACUUAAAUACAUUGUCAUCUGGUGGCAAUACGCAGACCACUGUUAAGCUGGUCCCAUCUCAUCAUCCAAUGAGUCAAACUGCUUCUGUCUGCAGAGACCACAAUAUUUAUAAUACAUCUCAAACUCCUGUUCCAUAUCUUCAGGAGUGUCAGAAGAAUCCUGAAUCGAGGAUCUCUCACUUUCCAAACCAGCUCAACACGAAUGCAUCCCAUUUUUCAAAAACUUUGUACGUACCAGAAAAUGCCCAGCAUCAACUUCUGUGUAACAUACAGCCCCCUUUCUACACGCAAUAUGGAAAAACUGAACAUAGCCAGAUGUUGAAUCCUAACUACCAUCAAGCUGCUCAUGCUAGAACAUUAGCACCAGGUCUUUGCAAUUACUCUCAUCUGCAAAGGACAGACAUUGCUGCUGGAAAUUCACAAUUCUAUCCCAUGAAUCAAGAAAAAAUGACAAGAGAGGAUCACAAUCAGCUUGGAAAGAAAUAUGGGAAUUCAAGGUUCCCUCCUCUUUCCUUUCUGCCAUCUUAUCAGCAGCAUUUGGUUCAGUCUCCUAGCACACGCCUCAUUCAGCAAAUGGAGCAUAUUUAUGAGGGCACACCACGUCCGCUUCACACACACCCUGGCUGUCACCUGGUGCUGCCACCUAUUGGCCUCAUGAGAGAGAGUGACUCUGAACUAGACCAAACUCAGCCAAAUGAGAAGAAAGCAGUGACAAUAUCACGCUGUAAUUCGGAUGGCUACUUGGCACAAAUGGAGAAGAUUAAUAAGCUCAAAGGAAAUAAUAAGUACAAGCCUUACACAUUGAGAGAUUAUAAGAGUCUAAAACAGGAUGUGAAACUUGGAGGUUUGGGACCAGACUAUAAGUCUACUCAAGAAAAGGCAGAGAAAAUGAAACGACAAAAAGAAUAUGCAACACAUGUUAAAAGCCAGAACAUGAAAGCAGGCUCCAAAUCAUCCUCAUCUCAGCUUAAACCAUAUCCAGGCAUUGAAAACAAGACAAUUUCACGGAGGAAAUUGGCGUUGGAAUAUGCUAGAAACAUCCAGAAACCAAAGCCACUUGCAGCUAAACCUGGGGAUGCUAAUGAGAGAUCGGAAAGGGGUGAGUUCCCUGAACAUGGUCAAUAUGUACAACUGGACCCCUCCCACAAUAGUCUUCUUGCGAUGCUACAGCAGCGACAUGAAAAGGAGAAGCAAAUUGUGGCAGGAUUCACAGCAAUGCAUGUGAGCUGAUGAUAAGCAAAUUUGUAUUUCAAGUGGAACGUCAGUCAUUGCAUGAAUCAAACAAGAGAAACUUUUAAUAGUAUGCUAUACAUUGUAUAAUUUAUAAAACAAUUACAUAUUGUCAUGACAUACAUGAUUUCACUGUUGAAAUUUAGUAAAUGAUGUGCUCACAGCAGUUGUGAUUGAGAAAGUAGUGCAAAAUUAUUUGUAAAAUAUUUUGCAGUUUGUCUUUUCAGGAUUUCAAACUAUUUACAGGAGGGAUAAUAAUUGAUCUUCAUUAUUAGGUUUUAAUUGAAUGGACUUAGAGGGUCAUUCAAAUUUAACUUAAUUUUUUUUUGGAUUCUUAUUUUUGAAGCUUUCUUUCUCACCAGAAUUAAACUGAUGCUUGUAUUCUGCAAUCUUGUAGCUCCAUAUAAGUAAACUGUCCAUUUGAGAGGCAGACUCUGUAUAUAAGUGUGGUAUCUAAGGAAACUAUUUAAGGUCCAAAAGUCUAUUCAAUAUUGAAGAAAUAUUGGGAAUUCUCAAUAUUGAGGGCUUAGUCCAAUUGAUUGUGAAUUAAAUGUAUAAAUAUUCUAAAAUUCAUAUACCUUUACAAAUGAUUUUGUACUUUCAGUAAUGGCUUAGCAUGUAUCUUUGAGACUAAGAGUUCUUUUACAACCCCAUUUAAAAAAUAAUUUUAAAGGCAACAUUAAGAACUCAAAGACAGAGGUUAUCAUGGCUUUACAUUAUCAUCAGCCUCAAGGUUUGAUUUCAUUAGACAACAGGAUGAGAAUUAUUGAAGCCAUUGCACAGUAUUUCUUAUCUGGCAUUGUGUUUAAGAGUCUCUGAAAAGGACACGUCAUGUAAUUUUGCCAACUACAAUUAAAAUGUGUACAAAAAAUCUAUUAAUAUUUAUUAAUUAGAAAUUAGAAAUUUCUAGGGUUUGGGUACACGAUUAAAGGAGUGGAACUAAUUGAAUGCCUCUUUUAAAGAGCCAGACCAUAAAUGGUGGACCAAAUGGCCUUUACCUGUGCUGCAUGAUUUUACAAAUCUAUAAUGUACUACAAAAAACCCCUAAAUAUGGCGAGGAGCUUCUAUAUAAAGUAAAUUACCCCAGAUGAUUAUUUAAAAUACUUUGUCGGUUUAAUUUAGAUGAGUGCUCUGCAUAAUAAUCUUCUUUGUGAUGGAUCUUAAUAUUGAUAGAGACAAAGCCUACCAAGUAGAUGUCACAAACAAAUAGUGAUGGAGGCAAAGCAAUUUGUUGAGUAGCAACUGAACUCAGGUAACAUUAAAUGAGAUAUCAGAAUGCACAUUGUGUCUGACAUCCACUCUGCCUGUUCUUGAAAAGCACAUAUGUACAACAGCAAGUUUGUUAUUACCAUUUGAUUUUAUUUUUAAAGUGGAAGGUCAACUUGAAAUUUAUUCUUUCUGUUUCUAGGCCUGUACAGGUAUCUAUUUUCCUUUAUUUACUAAUUUUAAUGAAAACGUAUGCCUGAAUAUAUAAUUUUUACUUGCGCUUUGCUUAUGUUUUUAAUUAAAAAUAGUGAACAAUAAUAUUGAACUCUAGUGUUUGAAUUAGUUCAGUGCAGAGGUAACCAACUGACUUUAAUGUUACCAGAUUACUGCUGUAGGACUUCCUGACGCUCAUUAUUAUGUUGCACAUGUUUUGAGAAUAUUUCAUUUAUUACCAAAAGAUGCUAAAAUGUACCAUCUAGUUGAAUUGAUAUAUCACAUUGUUUCUUGUAAUACACAGCUUCCUACUGAAUAGCUCAAAUAUAUCAGUUCCCUGAGUUGAAAAUUAUUCCCUUUGCCUUUCUAAGCAGUCAGAAAUUGAGGAAUAUAAUUGAGGCUGAUGUAAGCAGACAACAUCUACAGGACAGCUGAGGCUAUACUACCAGAACAAAUUUUUUUUUACUUUGUUGAUCACAUAAUAUCGGUAUGUAAUAUAUAUAAUACAAUAUGCACUUACAGGAAUAUUACUUGUCUAUUAUGUAUUAAAUGAAGCAUCAGCUGUUUUUAUACGCCAUGUGAUAUGUAUAAUCUGUAAAAAAAAUGUACUAAAUGCCAUUUGGAUGUGUCUUUAAGUUUCUAUUAUUAAAUCCUGUCUAAUUUCGAAAUGUUCAAUCUCCAACAGAAUAUACACUUGAUCUGCAAGAUGCCAGACUGUUGAAGUAUUUUGUCCUCUUUGGCUAUCCAUGCAUAUCUUUAUAAAUUGAAUGCAGAAGGUGAUUCAUAGACUGUUUUAGUGCCACUCUGAAACUGAACAUUAAGACAAACAAGAAUGCAACUUUGAUUCUUUUUUAUUUUCCUUUUCUACUUUCAACUUUUAGUCAAGCAUCAAAUGUCUUGUCCAUAGCAGCCCAGCUGAGAUUAUGAACUCAACAUACAUAUAGUCAUAAACAUAAACUCACCCAAUGCAAAGGAGCAUAAGGAUCCCAGUAUAAUUCCUCAAAAGUGUGUUAAUUUACCCAGAGCAUUUCAGUUCAAUGAUUUCAAUUUCACGUGAAUUUUUGUGGUAUUUCAUAUUUGAUUUUUUUUUAAAUGUGCCUUCAUAAUGGGAAAAAGACAACAUCAUUGAUUCAAACCAUUGGAAGGUCACACAUUUCAUGAGAGGUUCAGCAUGACCACUAUGGUGUGGUCCCCUGAUAUUCAUUUGUAUUCCACAUUAUACAAUGAAUGAAAGUAACAGAUUCUGAUGCAAAAUACAUGUGAGAAAAUACUUCUAACUUGUGAUGACAAAUGUUAUUGAAAGUCCAAUGAAAACAAUCUUGCAUUUUUAGAUAUGUAGUUCUCUUAAAAUUUACAUGUGAAAUUUCAGUGUUCCCAACUUUCUUUCCAGUCACUUGUUGAAAAUGAUCCACAAAAUCUUUUAAAUGAACUGACUAAAUUCAAUUUUAAUUUUAUUCAUUUCCGAGGAUGUAUUUAUUUCCUGCUCACUGCUUAAUAGAUCUGAAGUGCACCAGGAAGGACUAAUAUUUAGAAGAAAUAUUUUUAUGGAUCAUUUGUAAUUGCAUAUUUUCAUAUAUUUUUUAUUUUAUUUUGUGCAUGCUACUUGUAAAUAAUGAUGCAGUAAUCAAAAUGUGUGUCCCCUCAUUGUGUAAAAUUGAUGUAAUUACA